GAAUCCACCACAGAGAGAAGAUGCUUCUGAGGCAUGGAUUCUUCAAGUUCAGAUCCUCCUUGUAACUGCCAAUGAAUGAGCAAAAAUCUCAGCAGCUCACUCAUCUGCGACGAGAGAAACAAAAAUCCCUCUGCUCUCUCUACUAGCCAGAGCCAGGCAGUCUGGUUUCUUUCUACACAUAGUCCUCCCACCACAUCUCUCUCAUCAAUCUAGUAGCUUGCCUUCUUCCAGGCCAGGCCAGGUGACAACAAGGGAAGGCGAGAGGUCGAUUUUUUGUGUACAUAUUCUCUGCACCAGUAAUUCUCCAUCCAUCCAUCGUUUAUUCCUCUGCUUCGAGCUUCCGUCCUCUGCAUACCUAUCAAGUGUCGCGUCGUCUUGUCAGAGCUCGCAAUCAACAUGUGCGAUUGGUUGUCUUCUGCAGGCGCAUGCGCGAAAAACUGAGGUGAUCGAUCGAGAGAGGGAAUAAGAGUUGGUUGCACUUAAUUCGCAAAGCACUUUAAAUUUGGAGGGAGGCAUCCUGUUCCAUCACUCAAUCAAUCUCUCCUCCAUCAGUUAUCGUGCGUGUCGCUGCCACAUAUAAGUGGCGUCAGAUGAGUGCACGGUCCUGCUGCCUCGGCGCCGCGCACCACGCGCACGCGGGGGCCUCCUCCUCUUCCUCCUGGCCGUCCAUGGCGCCGUGGAUCAUCGUCGACUGCUCCAGCCUCAGCUGGCUCCUCUUCCGUGUCUUCACCUACGACGCCACCCACAACCACCACAACUUCGCCAAGCCCGGCCUCUAGCACACGCCUCUUCUGAUUGUCUUCUUCCACAUCAUCCUUGCUAGCAAUUCUCUUCUCGUCAGUGGUGCAACCAAGUACCAAGCCCGGUCGAGCAUGUCCGGGCCUCGGCGGUGCGGCAGCCGGCGGCCGGCGGUAGUGGGGGACAACACCAACGGAUACGUCGAGACCGAUCCCACUGGUCGCUAUGGCCGGUUCGACGAGCUGCUCGGCAAGGGCGCGAUGAAGUCUGUGUACCGUGGCUUCGACGAGGAGCGCGGCGUGGAGGUGGCGUGGAACCAGGCCAGCCUGAGCGACGUCCUCCGGACCCCCGACGCGGUGCAGCGCAUGUACUCGGAGGUGCAGCUGCUGAGCACGCUCCGCCACGACGCCAUCAUCGGCUUCCACGCGUCCUGGGUGGACGUGCCCCGGCGCACCUUCAACUUCAUCACCGAGCUCUUCUCCUCCGGCACGCUCCGCUCCUACCGCCUCCGCUACCCGCGCGUGAGCCUCCGCGCCGUCCGGUCCUGGGCGCGCCAGAUCCUGCGCGGCCUCGCCUACCUCCACGCCCACCGCCCGCCGGUGAUCCACCGCGACCUCAAGUGCGACAACCUCUUCGUGAACGGGCACCAGGGCCAGGUCAAGAUCGGCGACCUGGGCCUCGCCGCCGUGCUCCGGGAGGCCGGGCAGGCGGCGCACAGCGUGAUCGGGACGCCGGAGUUCAUGGCGCCCGAGAUGUACGACGAGGAGUACAACGAGCUGGUGGACGUGUACUCGUUCGGCAUGUGCAUGCUGGAGAUGCUCACCGUGGAGUACCCCUACAGCGAGUGCUCCAACCCCGCGCAGAUCUACAAGAAGGUCACCGCCGGCAAGCUGCCCGACGCCUUCUACCGGGUGGAGGACGGGGAGGCCCGGCGGUUCAUCGGCAGGUGCCUUGUCGCCGCGUCCAAGAGGCCGUCCGCGGCAGAGCUGCUGCUGGAUCCGUUCCUACUCGACGAUCAUCAUCACGUCAUGUCGACGACGUCGUGUGCCGCCGUGACGAUGGCACCGCCGCCAUUGCCGCCUGCUGGUCCUCCUUCUUCUUCGACCUGCAGCAGUUCCGAUGUUUCGUCGUUGGGCAAUGAUCAUCAGGAUGUAAGUGAGGAUGCAGACGAUCCUCUAGUGGCCAGGACGACUGAGAUGACCAUCACCGGCAAGCUGAACGCCGAGGAGGACACCAUCUUCCUUAAAGUACAGAUCGCCGACGAGACAGGGAAUAAUGUUCGGAACAUCUACUUCCCGUUCGACAUGGUGAACGACACGGCGACAGAGGUGGCGGAGGAGAUGGUCAAGGAGCUGGAGAUCAGGGACCGGGACCCAUCGGAGAUCGCGGCCAUGAUCGAGCAGGAGAUCGAGAGGCUGCUUCCCGGGCGAAAGCAGCAGCACGAGUAUGCUGUGAACGCGGCACAUGAUGAUGAUGACGACGAAAGCGAGGAGCGCCCUCCUCCCUUCUACUAUCUCUCCUCUUCCCCCACCUCCUCCCAAAGCUCUGUCUGUCCCUACGCCUCCGAAGACUUCUCUCGCCCACAAGGCGGUGCCUGGUCCAAAGAUUAUGGGUACUACUGCGCUUGUUUAAGCGACGACGAUGACAUGAGCUCCUCGGGGAAUCAGGACGAGGCCCAAUCACCACGACCUGAAGUCGUCGGAGGGCCCAGCGGAUUCUCAAAGGCCCAGCCCAAGAACACGAGAUUCGGCAGCUCCCUGGCUCGGCAGCUGCAGCGGCAGUGCAGCAUGUCGCCGCACGCCGGGCGGCCGCGGCGGCGGGAGGACGAGGACCGGCACGGGAGGAGGGGGAGGAUGACGCGGAACCGGUCGAUGGUGGACAUGCGGAGCCAGCUGCUGCACCGGACGCUGGUGGAGGAGCUCAACCGCCGCCUCUUCUUCAACACCGUCGGCGCCGUCGAGAACAUCGGCUUCCGGGCGCCGACCACCACCACCACCUCCUCGUCGUCGUCGACGCGUGGCAGGAGGAGCAGAGACGACAAGCAUCACCAGAACUACGUCAUGCUUUGAGUAAUCUGGUUUUUUUCUGUACAUGGUGCGUGGAAGCCAUAUGGCUCGAGAGUAAGCACUGUAGGACAGUAGAAAAUUAGUGCAGCCAGUAUGGUUUGUUAAGGACUUAAGAUAUAGAUAUAUAUAUAUAUAUAUAGCUUAUCAUUCUGUA